AUGUUUUCGUGCUUAACACACCUCACCCAGCCUUUCGCUUUGCAAAUUUUGCCACCCAGGUCCCAACGGCCUGUUUAUCAACACAGACGAUUACCCGACAGCUACAGAAAUCCGACCCUGCAUCGUCUUCUCAGAUUCGUCCAGUGGACAAGGCACAGUGAAGGUCCGCCUCAGGCGAACAGACGCUGCAGGUGGCACGAUUUUCUACGAGGACCCAGGUGGGAUGAUUUUGGCGGGACUUAUUCAGGGAGUGGCUUGUACCACGUGACGUGUGGCGCUUGGCGGUCGGUGGCGUCCAUUUCUUGUGGAACGAGCUGGGUCAACACCUGUCAAUUGGAUGCAAUGCAUGGCCAGGCUGUAAGCACCACCAUCAGCAGUUACUUCAUGGAGUUCCGUGUUGCAUUGGCUCGUGACGUUUGUCGCUUCGCGCCGGUGAUCACUCGCAUGGCCGGCAACACAGCGGAACUUUUCAAGAUUGGAUCGUGGAGCGAUUGGCAGUACAGGCUCUCAGAUGCUCCCAUCUAUUGUCCAGAGGGCAAGAUCUUGACAGAUCUGGAUGCGUCCACGGAACACAUGCGCUACUCCUGCGGUUCAGUGGCAGGGCUGGGCAGUUGUUCCGAAGGCUUCACGGCACAGGCGGAUGUCAAAGAUUGGUCGACCUAUGCCAACUUGGGCACUUUGUCCAUUGUUUGCCCACAGGACGCCUUGCUGAAUGGGUUCCACUUCGAGUUUUCGGAGGGUGGCAGGUGGAUCCGUUUCCGCUACACCUGUUGCCAUGCUGCUGGAGCCCCGAUGGCUUUGAUACCUGUGCAGCCAGGCCCAGCAUCUUCCAUAGAAGGCCUCUAUUGUCCUGUUGGCAAAGAUGCAUCUGGCCGCCCCAUGUAUGACCAAACCUUCGAAAGCCCCACUGUUUUGACCAGCUCAAUGGUAUCGCUAACGGCUUGGGCAUGUGACUGUUGUCAAUGCGCCAAUGAUAAGACUACAAUCGACGUGGGCAGGUAUGGAACAGUAGCUGCAGGGAACAGCUUUGGUGUCACCGGUUGGUGCGGAAAGUGUGUCCUUUAUUGUGACGGAGUCAAGGCUGAUGAGUAUGCUCUUUGGGGUAGCUCUGAUUCUGGUAGAGCUUUUCCGUCGCAGUGCACUGGUGCCAUUUCUGUUGAGAUCCACGGCGGCGGCCAUUGUGGUGGUUGUGAGGUCAAAGGUUCUGGGCUGAUGAUCAACCCUUGGCCCAAACAGCCAUCUUUGUUGGACACCGGCAGCGAAAGUCACACUGCUCCGCAACGACUGUCGUUUGAUCCCAACGCUGGAAAGUGGUGUCUGGCCGGUACUUGCACAGAGGUGGAUGGACGGGUUCAACCCAUCGGUCUCUCGUCACAGUCCUUUGAUAUCGCGGCAGUCUCCGAUUUCGAUGGUGUCUUUCAAGGCAAGGGCGUCCCCAAGCAGGGCGGAGGUAAUGCUGCGGCUUUGAAGGCACGCCUGCGCGCCAUCAAGACCCCAAAGCGGCCCAAAGCGCCAAAGGUGCCUAAGCUAGAGACCUUCACACCGGAGGAACCCACCUUUGCAGCUGAGUGUAUGGACUACAACCGCCUAUGGGCUUCGAUCCAAGAAAGCUACAAGGAUGCAGACGGUACGGUGACGCCACACACAAAUCAGCUGAAAGCAGAGCCAGUGUAUGAUCUCUCUGAGACGAACCCUUGCGAAGUGGCUGCCGCUGUCUCGGGCACGCGCGGGAAGAUUGGUGGAGGUGACGGUCGGAGCACCCCAGAGAAGAUGCCCUACACCGAGCUGGAUGGCUGUGCUGCACGUGUCAUCACCCGCGACUUGGAGUUGGCCAAGAGGGAGCGAGACUCCGAGAUCUUCCACACCAUCUUCGAUAUAGCGGAUGAGUCGAUGGAUCUUGUUUGCGAUGCUCCGCCCAACAUUGAGACAGCGCCCAUGGGAGUAGGUGCCGAAUUCCAAGCCGAGGAUUGGUGUACAGAUGGGUUCAACCUUGCGCAUGCUAUGGUUCUUAUGGCUAGCUAUCAUGGGGGCAUAGGCUUUGCCAAUAGCAUCUACGAAGUGGAGAACGAAGACAACCAAGAUUGCGAUCCCCUCCAGGCUGGUUUGGAUCGGCUCUUCUGCGACAUCCAUUGUGUGCGCGACGCAGUGGUCCGUGGCGACCGGGCCAUUUUGAGGAAUUUGAAGGCUGCAACGGAGGUGACGAACAACAACAUGAAGAAGAUGGUGGAAUGGUCCGUGGCUGCCAACCGUGCGGAGACUGGCUGGUUGGCCGCCAAGUUGGACACAACGGAAGAUCGAUUGAGCAUCCGAAUUCAGAUGGUCCAAGACGCGUUGGCAACUUCCAAUACAGCAGCCCUGCAAGAAGCGAAAGAGGUGAGUGGAUCCAUGUUGGAGGAGUUGGCAGGCUUCGCUGAUGCUGCGUCCCUGAACGCCGUGUCGCGACACACUGCAAACGAGGCGUUGGAGGAAUACCUGCGCAGCGCCGAGCUGUCAGGUGGGCCAAACAUUUCCAGAGCCAGUGCAGCCUUGCAGCAACUUGAGAUGCUCCAUGCAAAGAUGUCCAGUGCUGGCAGCGCUUCCAGGAUGCAUACCUUGGGGCAGCAAUUCCAACGAGAAGCUGCCAAUUUGCAGGUCUUGGCCAAGAAGCAGCUGCAAAUUCUGGGUGUCUACAAGGAACGUGGCAACUUGACCAGCCACGCUGUGCGCACCUGGCAAGAGGAAACCCACGCGAUCGAGCGGCGAAAUGCGCUGGUGCAGGUGGAUCGAAUCUGGUGGGAGCUCCGAUCGACAUUGGACAACUACUUGGAGGUGGCCGAAUUGCAAGUGAAGGCCUUCAUGGACUCGCUUACGGCCAUUGAGUCCUACGAGCACUGUUCGGCCAACCUGGGACAGGUGCAGAAGAGCUAUGCCCAGACCUUGAAAGCUCGAGAUUCUGGGCAUUUUGUCCUCCGCGAGACUUGGAGAGACAGCGUGAACUUGAUUGGGGAGUUGGCCUCUGUGAUUGUUGACGGCGAGAUCUUCCAGAUCUUUGUUGACACUGAAGGUUGCCACUCUGCCCUGGUCACACAGACCAUGAAGCAAGUGCGCUUUGCAGUAAGAUCUCUGAGCUUGUUGUCCCACCGUUUUGAAGUAGGAGGGUUGCCAAAGCCUGACGGAACUUCGUUGUUGCAAUCAUUGCGGCGUAUCCGCAAGAGUUUUAAGGCAGCGAAGGCCGGAUGUGACAACGGCAAAGAUGUUGCAGGCAAGUAA